AUGAUAAGAAGAAUCACAGAAGAAGAACUACAGAAGAAGAUCUCUACAGAAGAAGAACACAGAAGAACUCUUACAGAAGAAGAACUACAGAAGAACUCUUACAGAAGAAGAACUAUAGAAGAAGAACUACAGAAGAACUCUUACAGAAGAAGAACUACAGAAGAAGAACUACAGAAGAACUCUUACAGAAGAAGAACUAUAGAAGAACUCUUACAGAAGAAGAACAAUAGAAGAACUAUAGAAGAAGAACUACAGAAGAACUCUUACAGAAGAAGAACUACAGAAGAACUCUUACAGAAGAAGAACUACAGAAGAAGAAUUACAGAAGAACAACCACAGAAGAUCAACUCUACAGAAGAAGAACUACAGAAGAAGAACUCUACAGAACAAGAACUACAAAAUAAGAACUACGGAAGAAGAACUACAGAAGGAGAACUCAACAGAAAAACAACCACAGAAGAAGAACUACAGAAGAAGAACUCUACAGAAGGAGAAUUACAGAAGAAGAACUACGGAAGAAGAACUACAGAAGGAGAACUCUACAGAAGAAGAAUUACAGAAGAAGAACUACAGAAGAAGAACUACAGAAGAAGAACUCUACAGAAGAAGAAUUACAGAAGAAGAACUACAGAAGAAGAACUACAGAAGAAGAACUCUACUGAGAAAGAACUACAGAAGAAGAAUUACAGAAGAAGAACUCUGCUGAGAAAGAACUACAGAAGAAGAAUUACAGAAGAAGAACUCUACUGA